AUGAAAGACGAAAUUCAUGAGGAACUUCUUCUUAAGAAAAAUCAGAAAACAAAUAUGAUUGAUGACUUGGUAAACUCUCAAAGCCGGAUGGGAAGUAUGAAAAAAUGCACUUUUUGUCAAGCCACUGAUAUCAAUAAUAGGAAACGGGUUUGUCCAAAUUGUCAUAAUAAAUUGCCUACGAUUAGUAAGAUGAAUCAACAAUUUAAUAAACUACCUACUAUCAAAAAUAUUACUAACAAGUCUCUAGUUAUCUGUCCUUAUAGAUUUAAAGAAUCAGAUGCACAAAGAUCAUUUCCAGAAGUUUACAAGCCACAAUGGAAAAUAAGUGAAGAGAUGAAACGAUUUAGUGAAAUUGCACGUAUGAAAAGAAUUGAAUUUAUAAAAGCUAAACUAAUUAACAAAACAGCAUUAGAUAUUUGGCAUCCAAUACCAAUAACAUGUGAAGAGGCAGAUCAUCAAAAGAAUGAAAGCUCUUUAAAAAAGUCAGAAAUCUUAUCCAUUAUUAACUCUUUAAUUCAUUCUUUAGGUAAUUCUGAUCGUUUGCAUUUCCGAAGUUUAUUGAAUAAAUCCUAUAACGACUUAAUAAAUAUUUCUCAAGAGAUUAGAAGUGUAUUGGCCAAAAAUGACAUUAAUAUUAAUAGUGAAGAAUAA